AUGGCUUCUUCUCUAUUCUUUGGUACUGUUGCUGCUGCAAUAGGCUUCUUCACGCUCUAUAGGAAAUUCAGAUUCCAUCAAGAUGAUAAAGAAAUCGGUAUCUCACCUUCUUCUUCAACACCUCCAUCUUCUUCAUCUCCUUGCAUGGAUCUUUCUCCUUUUUCUGGCGACUGUACUCAUCAAGUCUUCCCGAGUUUCCAUGGACCAGAUGUCCGCAAAGACUUCCUCAGUCAUUUUUUAAAAGAGUUUAGAAUCAAGGGGAUCCUCCCAUUCAUUGACAAUGAUAUCCGAAGGAGCAAGUCAAUCCGUCCUGAGAUCAUUAAAGCAAUUAUAGGAUCUAAGAUCGCGAUCGUCAUGAUCUCGAGGAACUACGCUUCUUCAAAGUGGUGUCUUGACGAAUUGGUGGAGAUUAUGAAGUGCAGGGAAGAGUUAGGUCAAAUUGUGAUGACUAUUUUCUAUAAAGUGGAUCCAUCUGAUGUAAAGAAGACUGCUGGAGACUUUGGAAAGGUCUUCAAAAGAACUUGCUCAGGUCAAACAAAGGAGGACAUUGAGAAAUGGAAACAAGCUUUAGAGAAAGUGGCCACAAUAGCCGGUUACCAUUUAAACAACUGGGAUAAUGAAGCGGCCAUGAUCGAAAAAAUUGCCACCGAUAUUUCAAACCUGUUGAAUUAUUCGACUCCAUCACGUGAUGUUGAUGUCUUAGUUGGGAUGAGAGAUCAUAUGAAAAGGAUGGAACCGUUGUUAUGCCUAGGCGCUGAUGAAGUGAGGAUGAUUGGAGUUUGGGGUCCGUCAGGGAUUGGAGAACUCGGGUUUACUCUAAGUAUGGAAUCAAUGGGUCGUGUUGUUGGAUUGGGAAUGGAGAUCUUAAACCAAUCUAACUACCGGUUAUGGAAGUCAUGUAUGGAGUCAUACUUGGUGAGUGAGGACUUAUGGGAUGUCGUCGGCGGCAGUAGCACCACACCACCAAUGGGAGCUGCUGCGACAGCGGAAGCGACAAAGGAAUGGACACGGAAGAAUGCCAAGGCGGAGUUUGCAUUGAAGAGGUCAAUAUCCUCGGGAGUAUUUGAGCAUGUCUCAAGGUGCACAUCCGCUAGUUCCAUUUGGCAAGCGUUGGACCAACUGUUCAACAAGAAGAAUGAGGCUCGUCUACAACUGUUAGAGAACGAGUUGGCGAAUGCGAAGCAGGGGGAGUCUUCAAUCUCAGAGUUCUUCAUCAAGGUAAAGAACCUUUGCUCUGAGAUUAACACUCUUAAUCCGGAGGAGUCUAUUUCGGAAGCUCGGUUAAAGCGGUCUAUUAUUCGUGGUUUACGACCCGAAUAUACACCGUUUGUGACUUCCGUUCAAGGAUGGGCUACACAACCUUCCUUGGAGGAGUUUGAAAAUCUGCUAGCUUCGCAAGAAUCCUUAGCCACGCAAAUGGCGGGAGUCAAAAUCCAUGAUGACUCGGGGAGCGCUUUUGUAGCUCGGAGGCAACAGAGCUACAAAGGAAAAACCAAGAAUGAUGGUGUAAAGAAUAAUGAUGGACGGGAAAGAUCUUCUACGGGAGACAAGAAGCAGUUCAAGUGUUACCGGUGUGGAAAGCUUGGGCAUUUCAAAAAGGACUGUCGGGUCAAGCUGAAGGAAACCAAUAUGGCGGAAUCAAAAAGUCAUACUGAAGACGAAGAUUGGGGGAAAUGUUUCACGGUGGAGGCUGCAUCUUCAGGUACAUCCACAACUAAAAAUCUUGGAAAUGAUUGGAUUGUGGAUUCGGGUUGUAGCCAUCAUAUUACCGGAAACGAGAAGUUAUUUUCUAGUCUUCAACGUCAUGACGGGAAAGAAGCUAUUAUCACUGCGGAUAAUUCAAUCCACCGGGUUGAGAAGGAAGGGACUAUUGUUAUUGAAGGAGAAGAAGGAGGCCCAAUCACUCUCAAGAACGUAUACCAUGUCCCUGGAGUUAAGAAGAAUCUUCUUUCCGUGGUGAAUGCGGUGGACUCAGGUAACUACGUUUUAUUUGGACCAAAAGACGUUAAAUUCUUGAAGAAUAUUCAAGAGUUAAAGGCGGACGUAGUUCACACCGGAGCACGGGUUAAAGAUCUUUAUGUCUUAUCGGCCUCAAAUUCGUACAUUGAGAAGAUGAGUACGAAUGAUAAUGCUUUUAUUUGGCAUGCUAGGCUUGGCCAUAUAAAUAUGACUAAGCUGAAGGCUAUGGUGAAUAAAGAUCUGGUUAAUGGGCUCCCAAAGUUGAAGAUUCAAGAUGAAGGAAAGCUUUGUGAAGGUUGUCAAUAUGGAAAAUCACAUAGACUUCCAUUUGACAAUUCUACUUCACGAUGCAAUGCUCCGUUGGAGAGGAUCCAUAGUGAUUUGAUGGGUCCGACGAGAACAUCCUCCUAUUCCGGGUUCCGCUACAUGCUGUUGUUCGUUGAUGAUUACUCACGGUACACCUGGGUAUACUUUGUGAAGGAAAAGUCAGAAGUAUUCUCCAAGUUUCAAGAAUUCAAGGUUACCGUGGAAGGAGAGUUGGGUCGGAAAAUCAAGACCUUAAGGACGGAUAAUGGAGGGGAGUUUAUGUCAAACGAGUUUCUCUCUUUCUGCCGAAAGCAUGGUAUCAAGAGAGAAUUUUCAUGUCCAUACACACCUCAACAAAAUGGAGUAGCAGAAAGGAAGAUAAGGCAUCUAAGUGAGACGUGUAGAAGCUGGCUACAUGCGAAGAAUUUGCCUAAGGCUCUAUGGGCAGAAGGGAUGAGAUGUGCAGCCUAUGUCAUCAAUCGGAUGCCGCUUAGUCCAAAUAAUAUGAAGUCUCCUUAUGAGAUGGUUCAUGGGAAGAAGCCAACAGUGAAACAUCUCAGGAUAUUUGGAUCUAUCUGCUAUGUCCAUGUGUUCGACUCUCAAAGAACCAAGCUGGAGGCAAAGGCGAAAAAGUGCAUCUUUGUCGGCUAUGAUGAACAAAGGAAGGGGUGGAGGUGUAUGGAUCCAGAGACACACAGAUACACUGUAUCUCGUGAUGUUGUCUUUGAUGAAGUGUCUUCAUAUUACGGAUCUCCUCAAGUCUUGGUUGAGCAAGAUGGUGCGGGCUCACUUAAAGACGAUGAACCAGCUGCUCAGAUACCAAGUGAUGGUGGAAUUUCUGAACCAGAGAUGCAAGGUGAAAGGGGGAGCACUAACCAAGAGGAAGAGGAGGAGGAAGAUCAUGGUUCCUUGGCUAAUCAACGACCAAAACGGGACAUCGUUAAACCUGCUCGGUACAGAGAUGAAAGGUUUGUUACUACUUACUCAUGCUACUUUGCAUCUCCUUUUGAUGAAGAAGAACCAUCAUCUUAUGAUGAAGCAAAAGGAGUUAAAGAGUGGGAGACCGCAAUGAAGGAGGAGAUGGAUGCUCUAAAGAAAAAUGAAACUUGGGAUUUGGUUCCAAAACCCAAGGAUGUCCAACCCGUCUCAUGCAAAUGGGUGUACCGGAUCAAGCGUAAGAGGGAUGGAAACAUUGAUAGACACAAAGCAAGAUUGGUUGCUCGGGGAUUUUCUCAGAAGUAUGGAGAAGACUAUGAUGAGACUUUCAGUCCAGUGGCGAAGAUGACUACGGUACGUACACUCUUAUCUUUAGCUGCAAGCUUUGGCUGGAAGUUAUGGCAGUUAGAUGUGAAGAACGCUUUUCUAUACGGAGAACUUGAUAAAGAAAUCUAUAUGGAGCAACCACUUGGUUACAUAUCACAAGAGCAUCCCGAUUAUGUUUGCAAGCUAAAGAAGGCUUUGUAUGGGUUAAAACAAGCUCCAAGGGCCUGGUAUGGAAAGCUUGCUCAGUUUCUUCAGUUUUGCGGUUACUCUCCGUCGAACUCUGAUCCGAGUCUGUUCUUCAAGAAGAAUGGAGGAGUCCACGUGGUAGUCCUUCUUUAUGUGGAUGACUUGAUAAUUACCGGGAAUGAUGAAGCGGAAAUUGCUCGUCUGCAAGAGGAUAUGUCGAUAAGGUUUGAGAUGAAGAUGUUGGGUGAGCUGAACAACUUUCUUGGUUUGGAGGUUGAAAGGAUGAAGGAUGGAAUAUUCAUCGGCCAACAUAGCUACGCAAGAAGGAUUGUAGAGAAGUUCGGGGUACACGAAGGAAAGACACGUACUACUCCGAUGGAUGCGAACAUCAAGCUGAAGCGCGAUGAAGGAUCCUUGCUACCCGAUCCUCGGCCUUAUCGUUCUCUUGUGGGAAGUCUUCUAUACUUAACCAUUACAAGACCUGACAUUUCCUUCGCGGUUGGUCUUGUAAGUCGGUUUAUGCAGUCACCAAGGAAGCCACAUCUAGAAGCGGCAAAGAAGAUCUUGAAGUAUGUGAAGACAACUCUUGGCAUGGGUCUAAUGUACAAGUACAAUGCCAAGGUCUCUCUCUAUGGCUUCACGGAUGCUGACUUUGGUGGAGAUCUAGAUGGUCGAAAAUCAACUUCGGGCUUUGUGUUCUUGUGUGGAGACACAAGCGUUUCAUGGUGCAGCAAGAAACAAGCAACGGUGUCGCUGUCUACCACUGAAGCGGAGUAUAAAGCUUCGACGCUCGCAGCCCAAGAGUGUAUUUGGCUUCGAAGGCUUCUUGAAGAUUUGUUUGAGCCAAUCAACAAGCCGGUUGCCAUAUAUGGAGAUAACCAAAGUGCUAUCAAGCUGGCUAACAAUCCGGUGUUCCAUGCAAGGACGAAGCAUAUUGAGUUGGAACAUCACUUCAUACGGGAGAAGGUGCUUGAUGGAACAAUUGAAGCUUUGGAGGUUCGAAGUGAGGAUAAUGUUGCAGAUAUCUUCACCAAGUCACUACCAAAAGGUCAGUUCGAGUUACUUCGCUCGAAACUCGGGAUGGUUGAUAAAAUCAAGUUUAAGGGGGAAGGGUUUAUUGUUUCUUUCGGGUUUCUCGGGUAUUACGGUCUUGGGCUAGUGCUAAGCACUAUCGGUGCUGGUUUCUCUAUAAAGAAACUGUUGGUCGUUCUUGAUGAUGUUGAUGUAUUGGGACAAUUAGAUGCCCUGGCAAAAGAAACUCGGGGGUUUGGUCCUAAAAGUCGGAUUAUCAUCACAACACAAGAUCUAAGACUUUUGAAGAACCACGGGAUCAACCAUAUUUACAAGGUGGACUUUCCACCAACUUCUGAGGCAAUUCAAAUUUUGUGCUUGUAUGCCUUUGGUCAAUAUUCCCCACAUGAUGGUUUCGAGAAUCUUGCAUGGCAAGUUACAAAACUUGUUGGUACACUCCCUUUGGCACUGAAGGUUAUGGGUUCUUAUUUACGAGGAAGGUCCAAGCAAGAAUGGAAAGAGGCACUACCAAAGUUAAAGACUUGCCUUAACGCCGAUAUUCAAAGUGUUUUGAAGCUCAGCUAUGAUGCCUUAGAUGCCAGAGAUAAAGAUUUAUUUCUUCAUAUUGCAUGUUUUUUCAAUGGCCAAUGGAUCGAUAAUAUAUUUGAAGAAACGCUUGCAACUACUUUUCCAGGAGUAUCACAAAGGCUUAGUGAGUUAGCUGAGAAGGCUAUCAUAUCUACAAACUCGGUUUAUAUAGAGAUGCAUAAACUGCUGGCGCAAUUGGGUAGAGAAAUUGUUUGCAGACAAUCCAUUCAUGAGCCUGGGCAACGCCAAUUUCUGUUUGAUGCUAAAGAAAUAUGUGAAGUACUCAUUGACCAUUCUGGAAGUAAAAAUGUUUUAGGCAUAGAUCUCGCUUUAUUUGAGAUCAAAGAAGAAUUAAAUAUAAGUGAGAGAGCUUUUGAAGGAAUGUCAAAUCUUCAGUUCUUAAGAGUCUAUGGUUUUAAAGAUAACAAAAUCAUAUUGCACUUACCUAGAGGUCUGAACUAUCUAUCUCCAAAACUUAGAUUACUACAUUGGGAAGGUUUUCCGAUGAUAUGUUUGCCCUUUACCUGUCAUAUGGCGUUCCUCGUCAGCCUAAAAAUGCCGCACAGCAAGCUUGAGAAGUUGUGGGAAGGAACACAACUGCUUACAAAUCUGAAGAGUAUAGAUUUGAGUUAUUCCAAAAAUUUGAAAGAGCUUCCUGAUAUCUCAACAGCUACUAAUCUAGAGUGUUUGAAUCUGCACAAAUGCUCAAGUCUUUUGGAGCUUCCCUAUUCUAUUGUGAAUGCAAAUGAUCUCAAGGAAUUAGAUCUUAUUGGAUGUUGUCGCUUGGUGGUUCUCCCUCCCUUGGGUGAGAAUGCAGUCGAUUUGGAUACAAUAGAUCUUACUGGAUGUACAAAUCUGGUGAAACUAUAUUUUUCAAUUGGGAAUGCCACAAAUCUCCAUAAAUUGGUUCUUGUUGAUUGUUCAAGUCUGAUUGAGCUCCCUUCCUCGAUUGAGAAUUCCAUUAAUCUUGUGACACUGGAUCUUAGUGGAUGCUCAAGUCUAGUGGGUCUCCCAUUAUCUAUUGGAAACCUCACCAAUCUUCAUGAAUUGGUUCUUAGAGAAUGUUCAAGUUUAGUGGAGCUUCCUUCAUCGAUUGGAAAUGCUAUUAAUCUUCGAAAAUUGGAUCUCAGUGGAUGUUCAAGUCUAGUGGAGCUUUCCUCUUCUAUUGGUAAUGUAACUAAUCUUCAAAUAUUGGAUCUUAGUGGAUGUUCAAGUUUGAUAGAGAUCCCUUCCUCUACUGGGAAUAUAGUUAACCUUCAUUUAUUGGAUCUUACCGGGUGUUCAAGUUUGGUGGAGCUCCCAUCUUCGUUUGGAGAUGCCAUUUAUUUUGAAGAGUUGGCUCUCCAAAAAUGUUCAAGUUUGGUGGAUCUCCCUUUCUCUAUUGUGCAAGCCACAAAUCACCAGGAAUUGAUUCUUGUUGAGAGCUCUAGUAUGGAAGAGCUCUCAAGAUCUUCUACUAAGACUUCUAUUCUUCUUAACAUAUUGUUUCUAAAUGGAUGUGCAAGUCUGGUGAAACUUCCUUCCUCGAUUGGGAAUGCCAUUAAUCUUGAGAGAUUGGAACUCAGUGGAUGCUCCUUACUGGUGGAGCUCCCUUCAUCGAUUGGUAAUUUAGGUAAUCUGAGUGUACUGAAUCUGAGUGGAUGUUCAAGUCUGGUGAAACUCCCUUCCUCGAUUGGGAAUGCAACUAAUAUCCAAAAGCUGAAUUUGUAUGGAUGCUCAAAUCUGAUAGAGCUCUCUUCUUCGAUUGGGAAUAUUACUAAUCUCAAGAUAUUAAAUCUCAGUGGAUGUUCAAGUCUGAUGGAGAUCCCAUUCUCCAUUGGAAAUGCCACUAGUCUGGAGAAACUGAAACUCACCAAUUGCUCAAGCUUGGUAAGGCUCCCUUCAUCUAUUGGAAACCUUCAUAAUUUGCUGAAGUUGAGCUUGCAAGGGUGCUUUAAGCUAGAGGUUCUUCCGGUCAACAUCAACCUAGAAUCUCUCAGAGAACUUGAUCUCAUUGGUUGUUUGAUGUUGAAAAGUUUUCCUGAGAUCUCUGUAAAUAUCGAACAGCUUAAUCUUGUUGGAACCACAAUAGAAGAAGUGCCUCCAUCGAUCAAAUCUUGGUCUCGUCUUGGUGGAUUGGCUAUGUCAUACAGUGGAAAACUCAAGGAAUCUCCGUAUGCUCUUGACAGCAUCACAGCGUUGCAUUUGACCGAUACAGAAACACAAGAGGUUGCUCCAUGGGUCAAAGAAAUCUCACAUCUACAUGGACUUGAUCUCAAUGGAUGCAAAAAGCUGGUAUCGCUCCCACAACUUCCGGAUUCGUUAACAUACUUAGACGCAGAGAAUUGUGAGUCUUUAGAGAGACUAGAUUGUACCUUUAACAAUCAAGAAAUCCGUCUCAACUUUGCAAACUGCUUCAAACUGAGUAAAGAAGCGAGAGACCUCAUCAUCCGGACAUCAAGUCGUUGGUAUAAGGUAUUACCCGGUAGAGAAGUGCCUGAGUACUUCACUUAUCGAGCUACUGGAGGUUUCUUAGCUCUGAAGUUGAACGAGAGAGCUCUUCCUAGAAACUUGAGAUUCAAGGCUUGCAUAUUGCUUGUUGAGAGUGACAAGGAGACUGGUGAUGGGGACGAGGUGUGUUUAACCUAUCACAUGACCAUGGGAAAACAUUAUGUUUUGGGCCAAUCGGGAUGCCACAUAUAUCCACUUUUAGCGGAGCAUUUGUACACAUUCGAGAUUGAAACGGAAGAGGUGACUUCCCGUGAGCUUCUUUUCGAGUUUGAAAUUAGUGGUGAUAAAUGGGAGAUAGGAGAAUGUGGGGUAGUCCAACUGUUAGAGGUCGCUUCAUGGUGA